AUGGGGAGUCCAUUGAGCCCUGUAAUUGCUAACUUCUACAUGGAGAAAUUUGAAGAAGUUGCUCUCAGCACUGUGGAAAAACAACCGACUUGCUGGCUCAGAUACGUCGACGACACUUUCGUGAUAUGGAGCCAUGGAAAAGACGAACUUCACCGAUUUUUGACUCACAUAAACAGCCAACAUGAGAAUAUCCAAUUCACGAUGGAAACCGAAAACGACGGGAAGUUGCCUUUCCUGGAUGUCUUGGUCAGUCGCAGAGAUUACGGAUCCCUAGGUCAUCGUGUUUAUCGCAAACCUACACAUACUGAUCGCUAUCUACACAAGGACUCUAAUCACCAUCCUCGACAGAAGAGAGGUGUAAUGAAAACUUUAUUCGUGAGAGCCAACAGAAUCUGCGAACCGACUGCUAUCGAGCAUGAAAUUUCCCACCUCACAAAAGUUUUCCAAGCCAACGGUUUUUUGAAGCAAGAGAUCAAAAGAGCCUUCCACCCCAAAAUAAAAAAACAGCCACUUAAAGAAGAUCCGAUCAAGUCCACAGCCUACCUCCCCUACGUUGAGGACGUCACUGAUAGAAUCGAAAGACUUCUGCGACGCCACAAUAUCAAGACUGUUUUCAAACCUUCCCACCGAACCAGCGACUUAUUACGAUCUGUGAAAGAUGCAAGAGAUCCCUUGUCCGCCGCAGGUGUUUACAAGAUUCCCUGUUCCUGCGAAUCUACCUAUAUUGGAACUACUAAGAGAAGCCAAGGAAGACAAAUGGAAGUGCCAAGUGUCAGUGUCAAGUGUCAACCACUGAGUGGCAGCCUGUACGUUGCUGCUCUUUCGGCACUGCAACGCAUUAGUGCUCUAUCUUAUAGUGAAAAAAGUGGGGUCUUUUGGACACUCCCGAGUGUUCCAUACAUUGGUGGUCACCAAGAAAAAAUGUCCUCAACCCUGAAAGACCACCUAUACACCCGUGAAAGAUCAUUCUCUGUACGAGGUGGGUUAGUUGACAAGUGGUUCACUAAGAUUGGCAUCAAUGUCUCAACCUAUUGUUGA